AUGCCUACUCUUUCGACUUCCAACUUCAACAUUGUAUGUGCCAUCCUUGGCGGAUUCAUUACUUUGUUUGGAUUGGUAUCUUAUUUGUUCAAGGAGAAAUUUUAUCUUUCUGAAGCAUUGAUAUCCCUUCUCUUUGGUGUUGCCAUGUCUCCACAUGCAGCAGACUUUGUUCGCCCCCUCGAUUAUACGGGCUCUCUUGCAAAUCUCAAUGCAACGACCCUCGACUUUUCUCGUCUAGUCCUAGGCGUUCAACUUGUCCUUGCUGGUGUCCAAUUACCCUCCCGGUAUUUAAAGCUGGAAUGGAGAUCCCUCGCGCUCCUACUUGGUCCUAUUAUGACUGUAAUGUGGCUUUCGAGUUCACUAUUAAUCUGGGGAAUGGUUCCAAAUUUGUCGUUUCUGCAUGCCUUAGCUGUUGGAGCAUGUAUUACGCCUACCGAUCCGGUAUUGAGUAACAGUAUUGUCAAGGGAAAAUUUGCGGAUAAGAAUAUUCCAAAGGAGUUACAAAAGAUUAUUGUGGCGGAGAGUGGGGCGAAUGAUGGAUUGGGAUAUCCGUAUUUGUUUUUGGCGUUGUAUUUGAUCAAAUACACAGGGGAAGGUGGCGCUGGUCAAACUGGAGGUGCUUCUAAAGCUAUGGGUCUCUGGUUUGGAGAAACAUGGGUUUAUACUAUUAUCCUCAGUAUUGUCUACGGCGCUACUGUAGGCUGGAUAGCCAAAGAACUUCUUCACUGGGCUGAAGAGAAGAAAUUUGUGGAUCGGGAAAGUUUCCUUGUAUUCGCUAUCACCUUAGCUCUAUUCAUUGUGGGCACUUGUGGUAUGAUUGGUAGCGAUGAUGUUUUGGCAUGUUUUAUUGCUGGAAAUGUCUUUACUUGGGAUGACUGGUUUCGUCUAGAAACGCUAGAUGAUUCGCUUCAACCUACUAUCGAUAUGUUACUGAAUCUGAGUGUGUUUAUAUGGUUCGGAGCUAUCUGUCCUUGGGCUUCAUUUGCUACCAAUAGCGUUAUUCCAAUUUAUCGGUUGAUAUUCUUGGGUGUCUUGAUACUACUUUUCAGACGUUUACCAAUUGUCUUCGCAAUGCAUAAAUUCAUACCUCAGAUUGAGGAGAAACGUCAAGCUAUUUUCGUUGGGUUCUUCGGACCAAUUGGAGUUAGCGCUAUCUUCUAUCUUUAUAUCUCACUCGAAUUCCUCGAAACCAUCACGGUAGAUGGUGUUCAGCGCGAAGAUGCAGAACACCUAGCCGAGGUUAUCUCAGUUGUUGUUUGGUUCUUGACAAUUUGUAGCAUUGUAGUGCAUGGACUUUCGAUACCAUUAGGCAAAUUAGGCUUCUUCUUACCUAGAACACUCAGCAGAGCAUUCACAAGUCAAAGCAAUAGUCAAACAAAUCUGGCCAUUGGAGCAAGAGUUUACAGCUCAAACUCAGGUGUGUUAAGAGAGAGGAGAAGAGGAAAUGCUAGCACAGAUGCAAGUGGAAGUGGAACGACACAUGGAAGUGCGAUUUCGACUCCAGCUUUGAGUUCGGGAACGAGUUCGAAACCGAUUUAUAGGAUCGGGGGGAGCGUGAUUCGUUCGGAAAUUGCAAGGGGCGUGUCGGGGAGUGGAAUCGGGAUGGAUGGGGAGGAGGUGAGUCCGAUUGGGAUGUUGGAUGGGGUGGUGGAGGGGAGAACUAUUAGGUUUCCGGAUGAGGAGGUGCAUGUUGCUAGUGGGAUGGGAAGAGAGAGGGAUUCUGAGGUUUAG